AUAACGAAUAACUUAUGUAUUGUUAAAAGAAAGAGAGAGAGAGAGAGAGAGUGUAAAAGAGAGAAAGAGAAAAAAGACGAUGUUAGAAUUUAGUAUAAAAUCAAAGUUUAUGGUGAAAUGUUAUGAACAACACGUUUUUUUAUCUUACAGUGGAUUAGAAAACUAAAGAAAACAAUUAUCUUUUUUAAUAUGUUUAGGAAUACUUUCGCACUAGAACAACGUAUUUUACAAUGUAAACAUAAUUACAUUAAAGUCAACUUUAAAAAUAUGGCACAGCAGUCUGGCAAAUUGAAAGAAUAUGAAGGCCGAAAACUUGUCGGGUUUUCAAUGGAACAAAUUUACACUGUGGUAGCAGAUGUAGGGAAUUAUAAAAAAUUUGUACCUUUUUGUAAAAAGUCAGAUAUUAUUUAUAGAAAAGAAAAUUUUCUUAAAGCUAAUUUAAUUAUAGGAUUUCAUCCACUUACUGAGAGUUAUACUUCUGAAGUAUCAAUGGUACCUUCUCGUCUUGUUAAAGCAGAUUGUACUGACGGCAUAUUAUUUGAUCAUUUGAAAACAUUAUGGAUUUUUAGUCCAGGCUUAAAAAAUAAUGCAAAUACAUGUGUAAUAGAUUUUUCUUUAUCGUUUGAAUUUAAAUCAAUCAUUCAUUCUCAUUUGUCUAAUUUAUUUUUUAAUGAAAUUGUAAGACAAAUGGAAAAUGCUUUUCUUCAAGAGGCUAGAAAGAGAUAUGGUAAACCAUGCUUGAAAACAGUACGAUUAGAAAGAUAACAAAAAUAAGACGUUCAAUAUAAUAUUAUUGGCAAUCAUAAUAAUUUACC